AUUUUUAAUUCUUUUUCUGUCAACAGCUGUCAAAAAGCUUCAAAAUGGUACAGCGGCUUACUUUCAGGCGACGUUUGUCGUACAAUACCAAGUCCAACCAGAGGAGAAUUGUAAGGACCCCUGGUGGACGUCUGGUGUAUCAAUAUGUUAAGAAACCCAAGAAGAUCCCAAGAUGUGGCCAGUGCAAAAGUAAACUCAGAGGCAUCCAGCCUGCAAGGCCCGCCGAGCGCUCCCGUCUCUGCUACCGUAAGAAGACAGUGAAACGAGUGUAUGGAGGUGUCCUCUGCCACAAGUGUGUUAAACAGCGAAUUGUCAGAGCUUUCCUCAUCGAGGAACAGAAAAUUGUAAAGGUCCUCAAAGCACAGCAUGCCACCUCUAAGGGUGGCAAAAAAGCCGCAAAGUGAUUGUAGGGUAAUAAAUAAGUGACAAAAACAAGAACUUUGUCUUAAU